AUCCGCAAAAAAUGCGCGUUUCUUUUUCCUCCACAACGGUGUUGCACGCUCUUUUCGCAGCUGUCUCGUUUUUGCUCUUCGUGAACACGCGAUAAUCGAAGAGAAUUGUAACGCAUGUAGUGAAAGAAGGAAUCGUGCAAGUGGUGCUCCAACGAAAAAAAAACUCGUGCAACGAAACUUGCAACCCGCAGUGAAGUGUUCACCUGGCGGUAGUGCAGUGGAAAGCCAACCAGCCCAACACCCAACCGGGAGACCACCCCACGGGCGACCGGAACGGAAGCAACCGCACCGAAAGUUCUCCUCCCCCGUGUGUGUGUGUGUGCGCUAGUGCAUCGGCGAGAAGCAUUGCUGUCCAACGGAACGUAGCGGAUUAGAUGCGAAAAUAAUAAUGGCUGCAGGAGAUCAGGACAACUUUCAGCAGCUGAUGGGCUCGCUGCUGUCUACGGACAAUGAAGUUCGUACGCAGGCAGAGGAGGUGUACAGUGGAUUGCCAUGUGAAACAAAGGUGCCGCACCUGCUCGGUACGGUACAGAACCCACAGAUGGCGGAAGAUGCCCGGUUGCUGGCGGCCGUCCUGCUGCGGCGUUUGUUUUCGUCCGAGUUUCACGAAUUUUACGAACCCCUGCCACCGGAAGCGAAGGACCAGCUGAAGCAACAGAUCCUGCUGACGCUGCAGCAGAACGAGUCGGGCAGCAUGCGGCGAAAGAUCUGCGAGAUGGUGGCGGAGGUGGCACGGUGCAUGAUCGACGACGACGGUAACAACCAGUGGCCCGAAUUUUUGCAGUUCCUGUUCCACUGCCACAACAGUGCGAACGUGCAGCUGCAGGAAGCCGCCCUGCGCAUAUUCGCUUCCGUGCCCGGCAUCUUCGGCAACCAGCAGGCCCAACAUUUGCCGCUGAUCAAGCAAAUGUUUAUCAAAUACCUGGAGCCCAACUCGAACCAGGAGGUACGUUUCCAGGCCGUCCGGGCGUACGGUGCGUUUGUGCUGCUGCACGACAAGGAGGAGGACGUGAAGGGCCAGUUUGCUGACCUGUUGCCGCAGGUCAUCAUGAUCACGGCGGAAAGCAUCGAGCUGGGCGAUCCGCAGAACCUGAUGCAGCUGCUGAUCGACAUGGCCGAGGGUGUGCCAAAGUUCUUCCGGCCCCAGCUGGAACCGAUCUUCGAGUUGUGCAUGAAGGUGUUCAGCACGGUCGACAUGGAGGACAACCUGCGCCAUCUCGCGCUGGAGAUGAUGGUGUCGCUGGCAGAGAAUGCUUCGUCGAUGGUGCGCAAACGGGCGGAAAAGUAUGUGGCCGCGCUGGUACCGCUCAUACUGCAGAUGAUGACCGAUCUGGAGGAUGACGACGAGUGGUCCGUGUCGGACAAGAUCGCCGAGGACGACACGGGCGACAACAACGUGAUCGCCGAGUCGGCCCUGGACCGGCUGGCCUGCGGGCUCGGCGGUAAGAUGAUUCUGCCGCACAUCGUAAACAACAUUCCAAACAUGCUGCUCAGCCCGGACUGGAAGCAACGGCAUGCCGCGCUGAUGGCGAUAUCGGCCGCUGGCGAAGGUUGCCAGAAGCAGAUGGAGUCGAUGCUGGAAAACAUUAUGCAGGGUGUGCUGAAGUAUUUGGUCGAUCCGCACCCGCGCGUGCGGUACGCGGCGUGUAACGCGAUCGGCCAGAUGGCGACCGACUUUGCGCCCAUUUUCGAGAAAAAGUUCCACGAGCAGGUCAUACCGGGUUUGCUGAAUCUGCUGGAUGACGUUGAAAAUCCGCGCGUACAGGCGCAUGCCGGUGCGGCGCUGGUUAACUUCAGCGAGGAGUGUCCGAAGAUCAUCCUGACGCGCUACCUGGACGCCAUUAUGGCGAAGCUGGAGAUGAUUCUGACCACCAAGUUUAAGGAGCUGGUCGAGAAGGGUACGAAGCUGGUGCUGGAACAGGUCGUGACGACGAUUGCUUCGGUAGCGGACACGACGGAGAAGGAAUUUGUCGCGUACUACGAUCGGUUGAUGCCGUCGCUGAAGUACAUCAUCAAGAACGGAAGCACGGACGAGCUGAAGCUGCUGCGCGGUAAAACGAUCGAGUGUGUCAGCUUGAUCGGGUUGGCGGUCGGUGCGGAGAAGUUCAUGUCCGACGCGUCGGACGUGAUGGACAUGCUGCUGAAAACACACACCGAAGGUGACCUGCCCGAUGACGACCCGCAAACGUCCUAUCUGAUAUCGGCCUGGGCCCGCAUCUGCAAACUUCUUGGCAAACAGUUCGAACAGUUCCUGCCGCUGGUGAUGGGCCCGGUAAUGCGCACGGCUUCCAUGAAACCGGAGGUGGCACUGCUGGACAACGACGAGAUGCAGGGCGUGGAGAACGAUAGCAACUGGCAGUUUGUGAAUCUGGGCGAGCAGCAAAACUUUGUCAUCCGUACCGCUGGGCUCGAGGACAAGGCGUCCGCCUGCGAGAUGUUGGUGUGCUACGCGCGCGAACUGAAGGAUGGUUUUGCGAAUUACGCCGAGGAGGUCGUACGGUUGAUGGUGCCGAUGUUGAAGUUCUACUUCCACGACGGCGUCCGAACCGCUGCCGCCGAAUCGCUUCCCUACCUGCUCGACUGCGCCAAGAUCAAGGGACCCAAGUAUCUCGAGGGCAUGUGGCUGUACAUCUGUCCGGAGCUGCUGAAGGCGAUCGAUACCGAACCGGAGGCGGACGUGCUGACCGAGCUGCUCCAUUCGCUCGCCCGCUGCAUCGAGACGCUCGGUGCCGCCUGCCUGUCGAACGAAGCGAUGGAGGAGGUGCUCAAGAUUAUCGACAAAUUCAUGAAGCAACACUUUGAAAAGGAAGAGAAACGUGCCCAGGCACGAAAGGAGGAAGACUACGACGACGGGGUGGAGGAGCAGCUGGCCGAGGAGGACGAUGCGGACAUUUAUCUGCUGUCGCGCAUUUCCGACAUUAUCCAUUCGCUGUUCGUCACGUACAAGGAUGCGUUCCUGCCGUCGUUCCAGCGCGUGGUGCCACACUUUGUGAAGCUGCUGCAGGCGACGAACCCGUGGGCGGAUCGGCAAUGGGGAUUGUGCAUAUUCGACGAUCUCAUCGAGUAUACUGGCCCAUUGUGCGUACAGUAUCAGCCCUUCUUCCUGCAGCCCAUGCUCGAGUACAUUAAGGAUGAGCAACCGGAAGUACGACAGGCAGCUGUUUACGGGUGUGGUGUGCUGGGACAGUACGGUGGAGAACAGUUUGCCGUUACCUGUGCCCAGGCCAUCUCGCUGCUGGUGGAAGUCAUCAUGGCCCCGGACAGCCGCGAACCGGAGAAUGUGAACCCGACGGAAAACGCCAUCUCAGCCGUGACGAAGAUAUUGAAGUAUAACAACACAGCGAUCCCCAAUCCGGACGAAAUCAUUGCCCUAUGGUUCACCUGGCUGCCCGUCGGCGAGGACGAAGAUGAAGCUGUGUACGUGUACGGAUAUCUGUGCGAUCUGAUCCAAGCCAACCAUCCGGUCAUACUCGGCGAAAACAAUGGCAACCUACCCCGCAUCGUGUCGAUCAUCGCGUCCUGCUUCUACCGGGAAGCGAUAACGGUCCCACAUCCGGAAGCCGAACGUAUGCUGUCGAUCGUGAAGCAGAUCGAGGGCAAUCCGGACCUAUUCCAGGCGUGCAUUAACACGCUGACCGCCGAACAGAAGGCUGCCCUCGAGGGUGCGUACCGUGCGGCGGCAGCGGCAGCAGCAACGGCGACCACCGCCGUGACGCAGUAAAAACGAGGAACAACGCAUCUUUUUAUAUACCCUCUCUCUCUCUCUCCCUCCACACUUCCUUCCCCCUCCUUCCUGGUUUUCCCCAAUCCGCCGGGGAAAUACGGCGUUUCUGUCUGGAACUAGCAUCAGAUUUAUCAUCAUACAAAUUAUGCAAUAUGUUGUUGCAGUUAUGUUAUCUGUUCUGUUAUCUCACAGCACUCAAACUGGAGGGGAAGCCGUUUGAUAGUUCGGAACUGAAAUGUGUGCACAAGCGCUCGGGUGCAAAUUUCGGCCACCCUAUGUUAAUGAACAUAUAGCAGAACGAUUAUAUCUCACAAAUAAUGGUGUGUUGGACCUAACCGGCCGCUGUGGGUUAUAGUGAGUAAGAAAAGGUAUAUUUUAGUGAACACAUCACUACCACGCAACGCAACGAGCAAACAGAUCACCGAGAUCCACAGGAAACACAUACUUACACUACUCAGCAGUGUUAGCUUCCUCUCACGAUCAAGAUAAAGUUGAGCCACCUCCAUAAUGUUGCUAUCGCUAGCAAAACGAACCUUAAAAGGUGUAAAGAAAGGGUUUCUUGCACAGCCACAGGGAACAGCGUUUGUUUAGAAUAACGACACCAAGUGGGAAAGCUACGGAAUAGUAUCGUAAGAAUUCUAUUCACGCAUUAUUAUUGGCAGUAUGUCGCAGUGAGACGGAAAAUAUAUUCUAAUUACUCAAAACCACGA